UUCAUCCAACCUUAAACUUCACAACCAAACAUGGCAUCCAAAAUUGUACCAAUUUCAUUCCUAUUUUCUCUCUUAUUCUUUACCCAAUUCCACUCCUUAUAUGGCUCCCAAAUAGCCAUAUAUUGGGGCCAAAACGGCGACGAAGGAACCUUAUCCGACACAUGUAACUCCGGAAACUAUGGAAUCAUAAUCCUAGCUUUCCUAGCCACUUUUGGCAAUGGGCAAGCCCCAACACUAAACCUAGCAGGGCAUUGUGACCCUGCCACAAACUGCAACACUCUAAGCACCGACAUCAAAACCUGCCAACAAUCAGGCAUUAAAGUCCUCCUUUCUUUAGGCGGCGGUGCCGGGGGCUACUCACUCUCCUCAACCGAUGAAGCAAACCAACUAGCUAAUUACAUCUGGAACAACUAUCUAGGGGGUCAGUCUAGUACCCGACCCCUUGGAGACGCGGUUUUAGAUGGUGUCGAUUUUGAUAUCGAGACUAACGACAACAGAUUUUGGGAUGAUCUAGCAAGAGCCUUAAGUAGUCAUAAUAAUGGUCAGAAAUCAGUGUACUUAUCAGCUGCUCCUCAGUGUCCUUUCCCUGAUGCUAGCUUAGACAAUGCUAUAAAUACAGGGCUAUUUGAUUAUGUUUGGGUACAAUUCUACAAUAAUCCACCUUGCCAAUAUGAUAAUAGUGCUGAUAAUUUGUUGAGCGCGUGGAAUCAAUGGACAUCUGUUCAGGCAGGUCAGGUGUUUCUCGGACUGCCUGCGUCUAGUGAUGCUGCGAGUAGUGGUUUUAUUCCGAUUGAUGCGCUUACGUCUCAAGUUCUGCCCACAAUUAAGGGGUCAGCCAAAUAUGGAGGUGUUAUGUUGUGGUCGAAGGCGUAUGAUGAUGGGUAUAGUAGUGCUAUUAAAAGCAGUAUUUGAUCUGAAAUACUAGAUAGUGUUGCUAAAGAUAUAGGUGAAAGAACAAAUAAGUUAUGAAAGAUACAUUAUAAGAGGCUUUGAUUUUAAUACACAUAGAAAAUCUCAAAUCUUAUACUCGUUCGUAUUUUUCAUAGUAGUCCCAUCUACUACUUUUGGAUUACUAUUUUAUUAUCGCUUUAAUUUUAUAUUUUAUUCUUGAUUUAUAAGUUAAAAUAUAUUUAAAUGAGAUUUUAUUCUAUUCGUUUCAAUACAAUAAUUAUUAAUAUCAA